CGGUUCCGGUUCCGGCGGGGCCUGGUGUGGCGGCGGCGGCAGCAGCAGGAUGGGGCUGAGCGCGGAGGAUGCGGCCGAGCAGGAGGAUCGCUUCGACGGCAUGCUGCUCGCCAUGGCGCAGCAGCACCAGGGCGGCGUGCGCGAGCUUGUGAACACCUUCUUCAGCUUCCUGAGGAGGAAGACAGAUUUUUUCACGGGGGGAGAAGAUGGAGUGGCAGAGAAGCUGAUCACAGAUGCUUUCAACCACCACAACAAACUGGCUCAGAAGGAGCGGAAGGAGAAGAAGGCCCGUCAGGAGGCCGAGCGGCGCGAAAAGGCCGAACGUGCCGCCAAACUGGCCAAGGAAAAGCAGGAAGCCAACGAGCCAAGGAUCAAGGAACUCACAGAUGAGGAAGCAGAAAGGCUGCAGCUCGAAAUCAACCAGAAGAAAGAGGCACAAGGACAGGUCAACAGUGUCCCAGUGAAACCCUCAGAGGAUGAAGCUGAAUCAGAUUCUAACAAACAGGGAACAGAUGACGAAGAGGAAGACGAGAAGGAUAAAGGAAAACUUAAACCCAACUCUGGCAAUGGAGCUGACCUUCCAAAUUAUAGGUGGACACAGACUCUUUCAGAAUUGGAUCUGGCCAUCCCUUUCAAGGUGAACUUCAGGUUGAAGGGGAAGGACGUGGUGGUGGAUGUCCAGAGACGCCGCCUCAAAGUCGGCCUGAAGGGCCACUCUCCUGUCAUUGAUGGGGAGCUCUUCAAUGAGGUGAAGGUGGAGGAGAGCUCCUGGCUCAUUGAAGAUGGUAAAACAGUCACUGUGCACCUGGAGAAGAUCAACAAGAUGGAAUGGUGGAACAAACUGGUCUCCACAGACCCGGAGAUCAACACCAAGAAAAUUAAUCCAGAGAACUCAAAGUUGUCAGACCUGGACAGUGAAACUCGCAGCAUGGUGGAGAAAAUGAUGUAUGAUCAACGACAGAAAUCCAUGGGCCUGCCCACGUCUGAUGAACAGAAGAAGCAAGACAUUUUGAAAAAGUUCAUGGAACAGCAUCCAGAAAUGGACUUUUCAAAGGCUAAAUUCAACUGAACCCCCCUUUUCUCCCCCCCCUCUUUGAGUCAGCCCGUUGAAUGGGGCAGGAUGUGUAGGGUUGGAUAUUCCUCACCUUGGGCAAGUAAAACUUCCAGCAUCCCCACCCGAGCCUGCUGUGGAAGCAGCUCCAUGGAGUCACCCCAGUCUCCUGUGUGGAGCAAGAGGCAGGGCCACAGAGCAUUCGCAGCAGCUCCAACCAUCUGCCACAAUUCCCAAAGGGCAGUGGGGAGAGGAGGAGGGGUUAGAGCAAAAAAAAAAAAGGGUGUUAGGGCUGAGAGAGCCAGGCCUGAGAGGAUUUGGGGUAUAUCCUUAAUGUACUGCUUUGCUUCCUCGGGCUCUUCAGAGCUGCUCAUCCACUCCUUGCCAGUUCAGUUUGGCACAGGUACCUCCUGAGUUUUACUCCCUCCUGCUCUCUUGGGAAAACAAGGGUCAGUUUAUUUUGUGAAAUAAUUCUCCUUCUGCCUCCUUGGGAAGGGAAAACAGCAGUUCAAACCCACAGCUAUUGCAGCAGAGACAAACUCUGCUUCUCCUUGCUGCUGCUUCUGUUCUUGCCAGAAGCGGGACAGCUGGAGAGGUCAACCUGCUGUCCUACGGCAAGGAGAGGCUGGAGAGUCUGUGGUGUGGGCAGGAGAGGACAUUUGGGGACUCUGGGGGUGCUGUUCCUGCUGGGAGUAUGUCUCCUGCUGGGAGUGUGUCUCCCACCUCUUUUCCAAGGGCCUCUCUCCCUGUUGAAUGCUGACGAGCGUUGCUGCGCUCUGUGCCGAGCUCCUGCUGACGGGUGGCAUCACUCUGCAUGUUCAUAUCUGUUCAAACUGCAGUGCAACAUAAAGGAAAAAAAGUGGAAUAUU